AUGAACAAAAGGAACUUGUUACUGCUGAAGAUCCUUCUGUUUCUCUUUGCCUUAAACUCUCUCUCUCUCUGCCUCUACUUCAUUUCUCACUCCAGAACAUUAACUCCAAGCCAAACCGACACCCAAGCCCGCCAUUCUUUGUCCCUGAACCGCCUCCCCUUAACAGAUCAAAAUCGCCACCCGUACCGCUAUUCGAAGCCAUGGCCUAUUUUGCCCUCUUACCUCCCUUGGUCUCAGACAACCCAAGUUCCCUUUCGCUCCUGCGAGGCCUAUUUUGGCAAUGGGUUCACUAACAGAGUCGAUCUCUUAAAACCCAAGAAGGAUUUGACCUUGAAUCGCAUGGGUUGGUUCAAGUGCUGGUUCAGUGAGACCUUGAGAAGCUCAGUAUGUGAAGGAGGGGGGCUCAGAAUGGACCCAGGGAAGAUUAAAAUGUCAAGAGGUGGUGAGAUUUUGGAGGAGGUCAUUGGGAGACGAGAGGAAGAGGAGCUGCCUGAGUUCCAAACCGGCGCCUUUCAGAUAGACGGAGGAGAUGGGAUUAGUGGAGAGGAUCAAAGGCUUGUGACCCAAGAGUUUCUUGAUGAGUAUGUGCCUCAUGGUGAGAUUGAGAAACACACCAUGAGAGAAUUGAUUGGGUCUGUUCGGAUCGUGCCCACCACAGAGCUUCAGUGCAAUGAGUGGAUUGAGGAGCCAACACUUCUGGUGACACGCUUUGAGUAUGCAAAUCUUUUCCACACAUUCACGGAUUGGUAUAGCGCUUAUGUAGCUUCAAGAGUCACUGGCUUACCUAAUCGACCUCAUUUAGUCUUUGUAGAUGGACACUGUAGGGCAUCUCUGGAAGAAACAUGGAAAGCAUUAUUUUCUAGCCUUAGAUAUGCUAAAAACUUUAGUGGUCCAGUUUGUUUUCGUCAUCUUAUUCUCUCACCUUUGGGAUAUGAGACUCCACUCUUUAAGGGGCUGAUUGAAGAUAUAAAUUGUCAUGGUGCAUCUGCACCCGACCUGUGGCAACACCCUGAUGACCAGAAAACUGCGCGAUUAUCAGAGUUCGGUGAAAUGAUUAAAGCCGCUUUUGGAUUUCCAGUGCAUAGACAUCGUAUUGAGAAGCCAGCCUCAGGUCAUAAUGUCCUUUUUGUUCGACGUGAAGAUUAUCUAGCCCAUCCACGUCAUCAUGGUAAAGUUGAGUCGAGGCUAAGUAAUGAACAAGAAGUGUUUGAUGCCUUAAAGAGCUGGGCAUCUAAUCAUAAGGAAUGCAAAAUAAACCUUGUGAAUGGACUGUUUGCACACAUGUCCAUGAAAGAGCAAGUCCAGGCCAUUCAAGAUGCUUCUGUUAUUAUUGGUGCUCAUGGUGCAGGUCUCACACACAUGGUAUCUGCAAUGCCAAAAACCGUGAUUCUGGAGAUUAUUAGUAGUCAAUAUAGACGGCCACAUUUUGCAUUAAUUGCCCGGUGGAAAGGGCUGGAAUAUCAUGCCAUUAAUCUUGAGGGGUCAUUUGCCAGUCCACCAGUUGUUAUUGACAAGCUUAACAACAUAAUGAGAAGUCUUGGGUGCUGA